AUGAGCAGAGAUUCGUUGCUUCAUUUGCUCGAGCAGACUACCACCCAUCUCAGCCACCGGCGGCGACCUCAGAUGGGCGCACGGGCGCGCCGCGCCGCCCACCACCGCGCUCGCCUCCGCCUCCGCCACUGCCACCUUCUCCUCCUCCUCCCGCUGCUGCUCCUCUUCCUCCUCCCGCCCCUCUUCGCGCUCCUCCUCCGCCGCGCCAACUCCCUGGGCCGCCAGUGCCUACCCCCCGCCGCAGGGCGCCGCCCCCUCGCCGGGCAGCGGCUCAGCUUCUCUAUCGUCACGCUCUCCGACGAGGGCCUGUCGGGCCGAGGAGUGCGGGGGCGGUCUUUCCGCGGCGUGCUGGCGGCCACCGCGCGGAACAAGCGCGCCUACGCGGCCGCGCACGGGUAUGGCCUCGCCGCGCUGCCCCCCGGCGCGGUCGACCCCGGCCGCCCGCCCGCCUGGAGCAAGGUCCUCGCCCUCCGCGCCCGCCUGCGCCGCCACCACUGGCUCUUCUGGAACGACGCGGACACGCUGGUUACCAACCCUGACAUCUCGUUGGAGGAGAUUUUGUUCUCCGUGAUUGGGCAUAGUGAUUUUGAUGCAUCGCCUGAUCUCAUUCUGACAGAGGAUAUCAAUGGGGUUAAUGCCGGACUGUUCUUCAUAAGGAGGUCGAAAUGGAGUGAGAGAUUUUUGGAUACAUGGUGGAACCAUACAUCAUUUGUACAAUUUGGUUCCACAAAAAGUGGGGAUAAUGCAGCACUGAAGCAUAUCGUGGAUCACUUGUCACCUGAAGAAACACAAGCACACGUCCGCAUAGCAAAAAUGCAGUGCCUCUUCAAUUCAUACCCUUGGGUUGCUACAUGGAAAUCAGUUCACCGCCUGAUCUUCCACCCGUCCACUACAUGGAAAGGGGCUUAUUCAGAUGGAGAUUUCAUGGUCCAUUUUGCCGGCCUAAAUGACAAGCGAGGCUGGACAUCAAGAAUUCUUAGAGAGAUAACUCACCGAUGA